UGUCACUGCUGUCACUGUCACUAGUGUCACGUGUCACUUAACUUACUUUUUGAUAGAUUUAGAGCUCACUGCUGAAUUCAGUGAUUUUAAAAUUAGCUAGAAAACAAAAAAUUAAUUUACCAUGUCUGGGGUUCGAGCAGUCACAAAAUUAGCCACUACUCCAGGCCCCAUUGGAAAGAAACACAUAGAAAUAGCCCAACAAUGGAUCGGAUCUGCAGCAGCCUUUGGUGCAGUAGCUGGUGUUACCUUAUGCUAUGUCACUGACUGGAGGGUCAUUGUCGAUUAUAUUCCUUAUUACAAUGGCAAAUUCAAAGAACAAUAAGCUAGUGAUUGUGUACCAACGAGAUGUUCCAGGGAGUUCAGUAAUAGAUAAAUAUUUAUUGAAAUAAAUAAGUUCUUGUAGAUACGUGCCAUUAUACGUUUUAUUUGUA